AUUUUUUCCCUUGUUCCGGUGCGUGGGUUGGAAUCCGGCCCUUAUAAAUGAAUAUGGUCGACCACCGGUUGGUACCACUACUGACAUACUUCACUAAGCGACAUUUACUUCAUCUCCAAUCUUGAAUAUCUGUUUCGCUCUCUUCUUCUCAUCGACAACCUACUUCUAUUUCACUGCAAUGGUUGAAGACCCCGGCUUUGUCCCAAAAGUUGGUAGCAGGAAUCAGCAACGAGCAGUCAUUGCAGAGCUCUUUGAGCAGUGGAAGUUCGACGAAGAGAACUUUUGCGUUUCCUGCAUGGUCAGGAAGCCCUUGCGAAGCAAGCAUUGUAAACGCUGUGGGCGCUGUGUUGCAAAGCAUGACCACCAUUGUCCUUGGAUCGAUAACUGCGUAGGAUCCAACAACUUGCGUCAUUUUGUGUUAUAUAUCACCUGCCUGGAAGCGGGCAUUAUUCUUUUUGUGCAGCUGACAUUCUCAUACAUCACUGUCUUGCCAGCACCUGUUAAUCCGACUUGUAAUGUUAUUAACGAGACGCUAUGUGAUUUUGUGCUUCGCGAUACAUUUACCCUCGUCCUUGACGUGUGGGUCAUCAUUCAGCUGGUCUGGGUAACUAUGCUAUGUGCUGUGCAGCUUGUCCAAAUUUCGCGGAAUCAGACGACUUAUGAAAACAUGCGGGGGCAUUCGAUUGAUCGAAGCUAUCCCAGCUCUCGUGCCUUUGCUUCGGCUUUGGCUGCUGGCACGACCUCCUUCGAGGGUGCUGGUCUAUCCUCUGCUGGCCAGGGCCCGAAUCCAGCUCUUGCGCAUGGUGCUGCGCACCGACACCAGAGGGGCGGCUGUCUGCAACAGUGGACUUCUCUUCUCGGUAUUGACACAUUCUUUGCCACUGCACGAGACGGACUGCGAGAUGGUCCACGUGCUACCCGAGCGAAGAAUCCCUUUUCGCGAGGUGUUGUCACCAACUGCCGGGACUUCUGGUGCGACCCAGCUCCUUAUUUUGGGCAGCGUGAGGCGGGGUCUGGCAUGCUCGGUGGUGAAGUGGUCAACUAUAACCAGAUGUACGAAAUGCCGUCACAUAUGCACAGUGGCGGAAGAUAUCGAAGCUUGGCCGGCGACGAUCCGGAGCAGAAUGCUUAAAGAUGCCUUCCCCUAGCGGUUAGCAAGGCAUUUGCCAUGUUCCCAAAACGACCAUUUCCCCUGUGAAGAUGUUUUUAACUUCGAUAUGCGAUCUCAUGAAUGUCGGAUGAACUUUUUGUUGCGAUGAUAUGUAUGGCUGGAUCAGAUGGCCACGGAUGGUGUCUUCUGCUCAUUCCCUCACAUUAUCUUCGUGUAUUAUCUUUUGCAUAUAAAGAUUAUGGUAUAUU